AUGGACCCUCCGUUCGUGCGCGGCCCUACAACUGAACUCAUGGUAAACCACCACACUUUCCCAGACAGCACGGCAAACCUUGCCAAUGCCCAUCCAGUGAACUUCUCCCAAGGCUUCAACUGUUUUACUUCUCCCGGGCCCGUCAUCGCUCCAGUUUCAGUCCCUUUUGGUACACCGAUUCAUACGCCAAAUCCACCAGCAUCGGAUAUGAAUUUGGAACAUCAGCUAUCCGCCUGGCCAUACGAUACCCUUGGAAUUCGCACAGUGUCACCAGUCGAGCAUCAUGUAUAUGACUUCGCAUCAUCAGCCGAUCGGAUUCCUUCCGAGUGCUCCAUGAACCUCACCGGGGUCCACUGUCCUCCUCCAGCCGGGUCACUCCAGCAUGAUCGAUCUCCUGGCAAUGUCUCCGGGUUUACAUUUGUAAUGGAGGACGGAAUAAAGCCAGCCCGUCAUCGCGAAUCGCGAGUACAGACCAAAGAGGAGUCAGACGAGAGAAGAGAGAAAAAUAAGAAGCUCAAAGAAAUGGGAGGUGUUUGCCUCUGGUGUUACCGCAUGAAGAAAACCUGCGAACCGCAACUUCCUUGUCCUCGUUGCCAAGACAGCAAGUCGAAGUGCAUCAGAAGACCUGCAGAGCUGUCCUUGCUUCCAUGCACGAUUAUAACACUUCAGGACAUGAAUCAAGACAGUACUUCGUUCCAAACGACGAAAUCUGAAGAUAUCUUUCCUUGUCUGCAAAAGAUAUCUCAGUGUGCCUCUUCCCAGGCUGUUGUCAGCUUCUGCCAAUGCAACGGCGAAGUGAUAGAUUAUUGGGUCAUGCAUGCGGCUGACCUCGACACUACAAAUAUGGACACUUCCAGCGGUUUGAGCCAGCAGCUAGUUCUUAAGAUCCUGAAGUGCAUCCAAUCUGAAGAGAUGGAUAAAGUUGAGAAGCAAUUUCCUGGCAGCUCUCUUGUGCAUACUGCUGUGACCAUGCACAAGCUGCUUUCGGCGAUUCUAUGCCUUUCCAAGACGCGAGUAUAUGUGCGAGCGACUGAUGUAGAGCAAACAAGGAUCAUGAUGUUCUACAUGCUGGCUCUCUGCCUACGAGGACUCUGCGAGCUCUCAGGCGAGCUGGGUUCCGAAGCCUACAGCUUAAUCAAACAGAAAACAGACUGCGACGGUGAGCCUGCUGGCAUGAAGAACGACUGCAGCGGUGCAAACUGCUUCAACCCAGUUUGGGUCGCUGUUGGCCUUUACCACCGAGUCCUGGAAGCCCUUUCCAGCUUUGAACUGCCACAGCCAAUGGCUAGCAUAUUUACUGGGGUUAAAAUUCGCUCAAACAUGGUACUCUCCAACAUCUAUUGUGUGAAGGAGAAGAUCCCGCACAUAUUCGGGUCGAAGCUGGAGAAAGAAAAAUUAGAGGCCCAGAAGAAGGCGUUCUUUGAGAAACAAAUCCCGCCAGUCACCUGCUGUCAAUACUUCAACGUCGUGAUCUGUUCACGCCCUUUUGAUCAGAAUCUGCCAUCCACAGCCGUUCACAGACAAACCCAUCAGUCCUCGGAUGUCUCAUACGAUGCUGAGUUUCUUCUUAACGAGAGUCUUUGGCCUCCAACUCUUGUCGCACCUUUCCUCGAAAGCCAGCCUCAAGAUCCAUCGCAGAUGAUGGACGGUGCGAACGACUGGGAAAAUUUGGAAGUAGAAUUAUCACAGAUUUAUCCCUUCGACGAAGGUCUCACCGACUUUGAGGCAUUUGGAAGUACCACCCUAAUGGGUGACUGGUCUAUCCCUUCCCCAACCGACUCCUGGGGUGGGACGACGUUAGUUAAUUCGGCUGAAUCCAGUAUGAUUGGAAGCUAUUAG